UGUCUGUUUCGACACACGAGUAAAAGUUUUGAUACAUUUUUGAUAGCUCAACAACUAAAUCCUACUAAAUUUCCCGCUGGUCAUGGACAACCCAAUAAAACAGCGCCGCAAACCGAAGAAACUUAACGCCGCUAAGCUGGAGGAAGAACUUUCAAAAGCCAUCGAAUCUAAGAAGGAUAUUAUCGAUGAGGAAGAUGGUCAGCCGAUAGUUUAUGAUUACAUGAAGUACUCUAGUACCAAAGCAAAGGGCAAGCUGAUCAAGAGCGCAAAGCCCCGGAAAACUGUCACCUUCAAGAUGAUGGUCGAACUGGUUACCUAUACGGAUAACUGGAAGAUGAAGAUGUGCGAGAGUAAGCUGCGUUCGGAGGAGGAGCAGCUCAAGUUUUCCUUAAAACGGCGCAACUUUUGACGAUUUCCUUCUGAGGAUAGUUCUAAUUUCCGUCAAUCAAUUAAUAUGUUUAUUGUAGUAGCUAAUAUAUGAAAUUUAUUGUUUUGUAAACCCA